GUGAAGAUGAUGGAGCAACCAGCAGCUGGACUCAACACAUGAAGACAGAAGCUGAUGGAGACACCUGUGGAGGAGCAGAAGCAGCCAGUGACUUGGAUACACCUCUCCUCCCUGACCACCAGAGGUCGCCUUGUUCUGACUCUGACACUGUUGACAGUGAGGACUGGAGAGAGACUAGUGACCCUGAAUCAGCUUCAAAUUCAAUGGAGGAUCCAAAUGUUCAUGUCAGUGGGAAGAAAGAUGAUGCUCUCAAUACACUGAUCUGCUCUGGGUGUGGGAGGAAAUGCUCUUCGAAGUCUGAACUGAUUCGACACAUGAAAUCCUGCAGCGGAUCUUUGAGUUGUUCGGUUUGUGGAAAAUGUUUUGAAAAGAAACGUGAUCUAAAAAUCCACAUGAGACUUCACACAGGAGAUGCGCCUUACAACUGCUCCUACUGUGGUGAGAGGUUUACCCAGCGUGAAACAAAGGAAGAACACAUGAAGAUUCACGCUGGAGAAAAACCUUUCCAGUGCUCUCAGUGUGGUAAAUGCUUCAUGCAGCAUUAUUACCUGAAGGAACAUAUGAGAGUUCACACGGGUGAAAAACCUUUCGGUUGCUUGCAGUGUGGUAAAUGUUUCAAGCACCAUUCCACACUGAAAACACACAUGAGAAUUCAUACUGGAGAAAAGCCAUUCCACUGCCCCAAGUGUGAGAAAUCUUUUGCACAGCGUGGGACUUUCAAGCUACACUUAAAAGUUCACAUGGAAGAAAAACCGUUCAGCUGCUCAGAGUGUGGUAAAUAUUUCAUACGGCGUGUGGCCUUGAAUGACCACAUGAGACUUCACACGGGUGAAAAACCUUUCAGCUGCUCCCAGUGUGGUAGAUGUUUUACAACAAAAGGGAAUCUGAGAACUCACCUGAGACUUCACUCGAGUGUUAAACCUUACAGCUGCUCUCAGUGUGGUAAAAGCUUUGUUCAGAAAUAUCACCUUCAGGGACAUAUGGUAAUUCACACUGGCGAAAAGCCUUUCACCUGCUGUCAGUGUGGUCAGAGUUUUGCACAGCGUCAAACGUUGAAAGUGCACGAGAAAAUCCACACUGGUGAAAAAUCUUUCAGAUGUUCUGAGUGUGGAAGAUCUUUUGCCCGUAAAUGUCACCUGGAUAGACACAUGAGAAUUCACACUGGAGAAAAACCGUAUGGUUGCUUGCAGUGUGGUAAGUGUUUUUCAAAGAAGAGUUCCCUGAAUAGUCAUCUGAGACUUCACACAGGGGAAAAACCUCUUAAAUGCUUAAGUGCUUCAAGCACCAUACUACACUGAAAACACACAAGGAAUUCACACUGGAGAAAAACCCUUCUGCUGCCCUCAGUGUGGUCAGUCUUUUGCUCGUAAAGGUCUCCUAGAGGGACACAUGAGAAUUCAUACUGGGGAGAAACCUUUUGUUUGCUCUCAUCGUAGUAAAUGUACCUGAAGUGUCACAUGAGAGUUCACUCUGGUGACCACACGUGUAUUUGACAGUUGAGAAGACUGUUUUAUUGUCCAUGUCUAAUUAUGGAAGAGAGUUUCAUAUACUGGUAAUGACAUUGAGGCUUCUUUCGUCCUCUGGUCUAUGUUUUCUACAUGAGAGACGAGUCUGCUCACUGCAGUGUUGUUCAUUUUGAUGAUAGACGCAGUUCUGUAGAUGUGUAUAUUUGAGCGUCACCUGCAUAUGAUCCUGUUUUCAUGUUUAGUUCUUCAAAGAACAUUGUGUGAGAAGAGACUUUUCUUUGUCAGUUCCCCCGUAUUUCUCAUUAUCACAUCGUGCAUCAAGCAGUUUUCUAUUUUGACUGACAGACGGAUUUUAGCAACACUAAGAUAAAUGAUGCGGCCAAAGUCAUGACAUGCUGGAUGAAUUGUCUGAAUGAUUUACUUUAAUAAACAUCAAAUGCAGG